UUGCAUUUUGUUAACAAUAUGACGAAAAUUUUGCUGUUUGAUGUUGUAUUGCACUUUUAGGAUACAUCUUCUUCUUUGACAAGCUACGGCUUAAGCGCGGAUUUUUGUUUACAUUUAGUCCAUAUAUAUCUGAACUCUUCAUAUCCAAGAAAUCCGAGACAGUUUUUUUUUUUUUUUUUAUGCAUUGAAAUAAAAGUAAAAGAUAGUAGGUUCAAGUACAUAGUUUAAUACAGUCAUCCUGGGAAGUGCAACUCCCCUGAAAUCAUCCAAAACAUAGGGGAAUACAAAAUCAGGGCAUGAAUCAAAAGACUGGGAUUGGUUGCUGCAGUUUCCUCCUUGCUUGGCCAAUGCAUCUGCAAAUCUAUUUGCUUCUCUAAGUUAUGGUAGAAAUAGACCUGGGAAAUACGAGGCAGUUGAUUUAAGCAUGAUGGCUUCAGGUUAGUCCUUCCCAGUGAAAUUGACUCAGAAACCACUAGGAAAAGUUUAGGACGGGUAGAACCAGAUUUACAUGUAGACCGAGAGGUGGAAAAUAUGCCACAUCACUGAAGUUAAUUUUUUAGUUCAAAAUGCUCCCUCAACAGCAGAUCAGUCUUAUCCUUACAUUUAUUGGCUCCACUCCGCCAUCCUCAAGACCUCAGUAAAUCGGUUUCCACCACCACCAUUAUCAACACUUCCUUGUCACUCCUUCUCCCCCACUCCCCAUAUCGACGGUCGUUCCUUUUCCUCUCCCUUUUUCCAAAAUCGGCACCUACUGCUGCAUUUCAGUGAACAGAUCCAGGCAGAUGGUGCGGUGCUGCUUCUUUGACAUGGAUAAGAGCGAAGGAAUUAACCUCACAGAGAGAGAUUCUUCAGAAAGACUUCCUUCACUGAUUGAACAUAUUGCUGGAAAUAAAGUGGCUGGAUUUGAUAACAUUAAGGAGAAGAGUGAGCUGAAUUAUCAACCAGCUGCCAUGUGUUCUCAUUGUUUAAGCCCCUUAAGCAUGGGAACUGUGGCAGCAGCUGCAGAUGGUCAGAGUGAUCUUUCUCAGACUCAAAGACUGCAUUCUGUUUCUAUUAGCAUGCCAUCUACUCCUGCGGGAAAUCAUUCCUCAAAUGCGAAAAAAGUACUCUUCAAUGAUAGUAAUGAAAUAAUUUUCAGCAAUGACGUUUCAAAUUCUGCUGCUUCAACCAAUUAUGGUGGUGCUGCAGAACUAAAAACCACAAAGUUUCAUUCUCAGCCAAUGCCAACAGGUUCAACAUCUGAUGAGGUUGUCGCAAAUGGCAAAUUUCCAAGCCAUCCAGAAGGUCCCCUUAGGAAUCCUGCAAUUAACGGACUAAAGGAUAAAAGAUUUGACACUUUCAAAACUUGGUCUGGGAAGCUUGAGAGGCAAAUAUCCAAUUUACGUGGAAAGAACAGGGAAGAUACACAUGAUUCCAAUCCGCAAGAGAAUAUAGAAGUGGAGAGUUUACCUGUGGACCGGUACUUUGAUGCCUUGCAGGGGCCUGAACUUGAUACACUACGGCCUUCUGAGGAGAUAAUUCUUCCUGAAGAUGAGCAGUGGCCCUUUCUUCUUCGCUACUCAAUCUCUUCAUUUGGUAUCUGUCUUGGUGUUAGCAGCCAAGCCAUUAUGUGGAAAGCCCUUGCAACGUCUGCUUCCACAAAAUUUCUGCAUAUAAGCCCCGAUGUAAACCUAGCUUUGUGGUGCAUAUCGGUUGCUCUUGUAGUAAUCGUCUCUUCCAUUUACUUUCUGAAAGUGAUUUUCUACUUUGAAGCAGUUCGGAGAGAAUACUAUCACCCGAUCCGUAUCAAUUUCUUCUUUGCUCCAUGGAUAGCACUUCUUUUUUUAGCUCUAGGAGUUCCACCAUCAAUUUCUGAAAAGCUCCAUGCAACUCUAUGGUACAUUCUUAUGUUUCCAAUCUUUUGUCUUGAGCUAAAAAUUUAUGGACAAUGGAUGUCAGGAGGAAAGAGGAGGCUUUCAAAGGUGGCCAAUCCUUCAAAUCAUCUCUCAGUUGUUGGAAAUUUUGUUGGGGCAUUGCUUGGCGCAUCCAUGGGGCUAAAGGAAGGGCCUAUUUUCUUCUUUGCUAUUGGAUUGGCUCAUUACAUGGUCUUAUUUGUCACUCUCUACCAAAGACUUCCAACAAAUGAGACACUUCCAAAGGAGCUUCACCCAGUAUUCUUUUUGUUUGUCGCAGCACCUAGUGUUGCUUCUAUGGCGUGGGCAAACAUUCAGGGAUCCUUUGAUUAUGGAUCACGGAUUGCUUACUUCAUUGCUAUGUUCCUCUAUUUAUCGCUGGCUGUUCGCAUUAACUUUUUCCGAGGCUUCAGGUUUUCUUUGGCAUGGUGGGCGUACACUUUUCCAAUGACUGGAGCUGCCAUUGCCACAAUCAGGUAUUCAAAUGCGGUAACCAAUGUAGUGACAAAAUGUUUAACUGUGAUACUAUGUGUAACUGCAACACUCACAGUAACUGCACUACUCGUAACAACAAUCAUCCAUGCUUUCGUGCUUCGAAACCUCUUUCCCAAUGACAUUGCCAUUGCAAUUAGUCAAGGAAAGCCUAAAACAACUCGACGAUGGUUUCAUAGAAGAUCUGGCAGCUCUGAUACUACUACUAAACAUAUUGAACACUACCUCAAGUUUGCAGAUUCAGAAGAAAAAGAUAUUGAAGCUUCUAAUGAGUCGGCAGGAAAAGUUUGAACUUCUGGCAUAAAAAGAAGUCUACAAUAUUCAGUACUUCAUCAGUUUUACAGGUCCUGAAGUACUUACAAACAGUCUAUCAAGGGAGGAGCAGUAAAUCUUGAAGUCCCGAUGAACUUGAUGUACAAAUUUAUCAAUAUGGUUUAUGUAGCAAGGAGAGAUCAAGGAAAAUUUUCCACUUUCUUUGAGCUGUAAAUUGUUGUAUUAGAAACUCUGAAAGUCUGAACAGUUGGAUAUCUUUCUGAAUAAGCUAAAUUUUUAGCAUGGAUAAGAGUAAUAAUUUAGUCUGUUAGUCACUUAGUCGUUGGAUGAGUGUGUAUCCCAUAGAACAUUGUAAAUUGGCUGCGGGAGUAACCUAGCCAUUGGAUGCCAAUGUUUGUUUAAAGA